AUUACACUCCUCAGCUGGGGAGAAAAAAGAGAAGAAGAAGAAGAGGAGGAGGAAACCUGGGUUUUCUUUUCUUCAGAGGUAUUGAACUGGGAGUUUAUGGAGGCUGCAGUCGUUGGAAAAUGAAGAUCUCCUCUGUGGUCUUCGCUCUCCUGACCCGAGCUCUGUUUGGAGAUUUGUGUUCAGCCAUCAAUGUCACCAUCACUCCCUCCCCCUUCACGGUGGCCCAGGAGGGUCAAAACAUCACACUCACUUGUGUUGUGUCCCAGCGACGCCGCAACGCUGCGUUACCAGUGGUUAAAUGGACCUUUCUACCAGCAGGAACAGACCAACCGGAAGAUGAACUCCUCAUCGCCCGCGUCAACAUGAGGAAGGCCCGUUUCUAUGGCAACUACACAAAGAGCUUCCCGUGGCCCAAGAUGAAGCUGACAGUGGUGAAGCAGGGAAAGAUCUUUGAGCUGCUCAUUCUGAAUGUGUCCGAGGAUGACCGGGGGCUCUACAUGUGUCGAGUGCAGGAGUUUAAAAAGCACCAGGACCGCUGGAAGGCCUCAUCCAACUGCACAGCAGCCACUGAGCUCAGAGUGCAUGUCCUACCGGCCACCAAGGCCAAAGAAAGCCUGUGGAGCUUGUUUGAAGAUGUGUACCUGUGUGCGGUGUUGAUCUGCUCAGUGGGUCUGCUGUGUAUGUGCAUGUUCACCGUGACGGUAACCUGCCAGUACAUACAGAGGAAGCAGAGGCUAAAAGACAAUUACCACUUGGUCAAAAGCCCACAGAACAGCUCAGGAGAAACCGUCACCAGUGUGAUCAGUGUGUCUCCUGCUCUACCUAAGAAGGAGAGGAGGUACAGGAAGAAAAGGAGCAGAGACUACCAGGAGGAGAUACCACCAGAGAUACCAGCGAAAGCUCCCAUUGGAGACAAAACACGCAAACCCAAACUUUUAAAACCUCAACCGAGGAAAAUAGUGUUGCCGAAGAUAGUGGAGGAGAAUUUGACGUACGCGGAACUGGAUCUGGUGAAGCCAAUUCCGGAGGCCAAGGCAUCAUGUAGCGGCACAGUGUACGCCCAGAUACUGUUUGAGGAGCAGCAGCUAUGAGAGAAGCAUACACCACUAAUAACUGUGCCUUCUGUAAAAAUUAUUGCCUAUUUAUAGUCUGUAUUGUUUUGUAUUCAAAUGUUUUAUGAGGGGAAAAUGUGUAAUGUCUGAAAUUUAUGAUCCAAUUGUACAUACGAUUUUAUAUGAACUUUAGUAUAACUUUUCUAUUAUGAGACCAAGAUGCAGAAGGACAUGUUUUUUUAUACUGGAGUAUCACUAUUUUCUUUUGCACCCAUGUUUAAAUCCUGUGUAGCGUAAAGUAAGAACACAUUAGAAGACUUUCAUGCUGAUUUAGACCUGAUUUGUCCAUUGUGACAAUCGGAAGUGAAACUGGACGUUUAGACUUGCUGGCUGAGCCUCAUCGAUCCGAUCAGAUAUACAGCACUUGAUGUAGUAUUUGCAACCUGAUGUCAGCAGGGUAAAGUCCUGUGGUGUGCGGUUAAAACAGCCAGUGACAGUCAAAGUUUCUCCAGAAUAUUGUGGCUAUUUCUGAUUUUAAAGAAGUAAUUGGACCUUUUGGGAAAUAUACUAAAUCUAUUUCUUGUCAAGUGAUAGACAAGAGUGAUGCUGCUUCCUCGUGUCAGGCUAACUUUGCAAUUUCCACCUCUGUUGUCGAGACCAGCUAGACAGAAUGGAAUUUUCAGCGUCUGCCAUCAACAAUUUUGUAGCAACAAUUUUCUCCUCAGUCUGCAGCAGAGCACUGAGCACAGAAAUAUCAUCAGUUUCUGGAGAUACACUGUUGUUUUAGGAUGUUCCUGCUGUGUUUUCACCUCUACUUCCCAUUUGCCUCAGCUCCUUGCCUGUUAAGUGAAAUGACUUACAACUGUUCUCAAGCUGAUUCAUUGGGUAAAUACAUCAUUCUAUCUAGCUGUCGAGUUUCUGGAAACAAACUGUGUGGACGACUGAGCAGGGUGAUUAGGUCAGACGGCAAGUAUCCAUGGAUGGAGAUUCCUAUCCAGUUAACAAAAUGUCCAUUCCAGGUGGAUAAUUCCUGUGUUUACCUUCUGUCUCUCUAAGCAGAGACUGAAACCAGUGUUUAAAAUGAGUCAUGUAAAAGUUGUAUUUUUUUAAGAAAACUGUGUCGUCCACCUCAAAUCUCUACAACAGAAGAUAAGAGGUUAGCACAGAGAUACAAUAGCCACAAGAGUUGGGAAUAACAACAGGAUGAAAUAAACCACAAAUAUCCUUAACAUAUGAAGCUACCACCACAAGGUGACUAAUUAGCUUGCCAUAAAGAGCAAAGACAAAGAAAAACAGCUAGCCUGACUCCCGCUAGGUAGAAGGCUAACAUUACUAUUUAAAGAUAUGUGCAGUAACUCUUUGUUAAAGCCACAAAUACAGUGUUUUAACUUAAUCAUUGAGCUGUGUAGUUUUGUAACUUUAGCUGUUUCUGCUGCUUCCAAUCUUUGGGACUGUCCCAAGCUAAGCUAGCUUAUAUUUAAUGUGGCAACAUGAGCAAUUUGCCACCCAAGCUACUUCCCAAAAUUUUGAAUUGCUCCUUUAAACUCAUGAAUACACAGUAUCCUAGAUGCUGGCUUUUUAUUAAACUGUAGUACAUCAAGGCUCAAUGUAAGCAGCAAAAUGUAAUUUAGUGUAUCAUGCCUAGUUCCUGUGAUAGCCUGAUGUCUUUGAUAUUUCCUAGGCUGAUUUAACUUGCUUCCGCAAUGAAUUGUGGGAAACCCCAUCUAAAGAAAGCAGAUUUAUGAAGGAUAGACAAAGUAAAUUAGAGACAUCCGUUGUUAUGAAUGUGAGCCAAUGCAUUAUCAAAUGUGACUUAGUUCGAGUGUGUUCCCAGCAUUAUGUGCCUCACAGCAUCUGUGCUCAGUCUGUUUUUGUGUGUCAAGCUGCAGUUUGUAAUGACCACAGCUCCACAGAGUUGAUGUUAAAGCACCAAUUAGCCCCCCGACCUCCCCCCACAGGCAAGUAUGUGAGACCAUGCGAGGCCUUUCAUCUGGUGCCAACGUCAACUUAACAGGCUGUUAGCAACACACACUUACAUAUACAUACAUACAAGGGUGGCAUUACACGAAGGCCAAACACAGUCGCAGGCUCGCACACAAAGGCACAUAUUGUAAAUCCAAAAAGCUGCAAACAAUUGUGACACCUGAUCUACCAAUGGAGACAGACUGAGUCCGGUGUUUGGCCUGUUUCACAUUAACAUCAGUCACAGUUUACUUCAAAUCUUGAGGUGAUUUUGUUGUUGGAGAUAAGAACCAGAGGCCAUACUAGCUGUAACCCUGCAUACCUACGCUACGGUCUCCUUGCUUUCUCACUUACCAUGAAUCAGAGUGUGAAAGUACUUUGGACUCUUUUUCCAUUUAAUGAUCCUCUGGAUUCAAGCAUGGAAAAGCAAAGGAGAGCUUUUUUAAAACAGUGAACUUGAAACCCAGACGCAAAGGCACCGGAUCCUUCCCUUCCCCCAAGACUUCUACUAUCUGGAGUUAUCCACGCAGAUGGAGCCGGAAUUUAUUGCUGCAUGGUUGCUAAAUAUCUUCUGAAAUUCAUCUCGGAGUGCCUUUUUGCCUCAUUUGCAGGUGUCAAACAUUAGCCAAACCAGCUAUUAAUCUAACAUGUAGUUUGAGACAAUAAUUAAAUUCACUUGAGUACAGUGAUUUGACUAAAACACAUGUACGUACAAAAAGUGUGGGUGGCAUUUGCUUUGGAAUUAUGUAACCACUUUCUAAGAAACUGUGGCAACUAUGAUUAGCUAGUUAUGUGUUUCUGUCUUAUAUUUAUAUAAAAUAGGGUUAGUGUGAUGAAAGACGCAUCUCUAGUCAAAAAAGACAUGUUGGUAGAUAAUACAAUGAAAGCCAAUUUGUCUAAUUGUAAACAAUAUAACUUACAUGGCUACUAGAGGACAUCUUGUGUCAAUAAAUACAAAAUGAACAACACAGGACUAGGAUUUCUAGAUAGAACUGCAAAUGUGCAACAGAUUCCUUCAGCAAGCUGGUCAUUAUAGACUUGGACAUGUUCUGUUCCCCUAACUGUAUAUUACAUUACAACGUUAACCACUGUUGACCUCUGUAUUUUUUAGUAUUCCAAUUUUCCAUUGUUGCUCUCUAAUGUUCACUUCAGUUGCACAGCAUGUUUUAUAUGAAAUCAAGUGACUGAAAGUGACCUUUUGGUGGUGGGUAGAAGUGUCAUAAAAAUGCCCUGAGACUGUGAAAUGUAAAGUUUCUUCCAGACCACAUUGUCCUUAAUGGGAGCCCGCUAACUAGAACCAUGUGUGUGAAUUGUGCCUCUGUGCUCUCUUCCUCUCUCUUUGCCCUUCCUCUCUGCCCACCACUGACCUCUGCAUUCAUCAACAUUCCAGCAUUUCUGCUUGUGUUCAUUUUGUGCAUUUCAGCUGUACAGUGUAUAUCAAUUAGUGAAAUAAAUCUGAAGGUGGAUGUGA